UUAAACUAACUUGUGUUUGUUUUUUCCACGGAUUUUUCUUCUUAAAAGUAUUUUUGUUUACAUCGCAUGGCUAAUAAAAACAGUUAAAAUGAUACCGAAACAACGGAGAAUAGGCAUUAUGGGAUUUAGAUCUGUCGGAAAGUCGUCCUUGACAAUCCAGUUUGUGGAGAAUCAGUUUGUUGAUUCGUACGACCCCACGAUAGAGAACACAUUUGUAAAGAAGAUUACCUUGAAUGGACAGGAAUAUCUUCUGAAUCUUGUGGACACAGCUGGCCAGGAUGAAUAUUCCGUGAUUCCUUCAUCAUACUUUGUUAAUGUCGAUGGCUAUGUUCUAGUCUACUCCACCAAUUCACGUAAAAGUUUCGAAGUCGUGAAGUUCCUGUAUGAAAAAAUAUCUGAUAUGAAGGGAACCUCUCAAGUUCCUGUUGUGUUGGUGGGAAAUAAAAGUGACCUCAAGUUGGAAAGAGUGGUUGGCUAUGAAGAGGGGAAGAAAGUGGCCGAUUCGUGGAAGGCUCCAUUUUUAGAAGCGUCGGCGAAAGAUAACGAGCGUGUCCCAGAAAUCUUUCAGGCGAUAGUUAUUGCAAUCGAGAAGUCUCUAGGACCCCCUCCGGAGAAGAGCGGGUGCGCCGUCUCGUAGAGACAGAUUAAAUUCUGCGUCAGACGGGGAAAUAUUUAAUAAAUGUUCAACAUCUUCCCAAGUUCUGGACUCACUCUGUCCAGCUGCUGGUGAUGGAAAAAAACAGAAAUGGAUGUAACAGUUUUACAAGUCUUUAAUCAGUGGUCAAGAAACUUGAUACUGCAAAUAUUUGACAAAAGUAUACAUGUACAGAAUAAUUAAAUAUAAUUUAAUUUCGCACUUGGACAAAAGGGCAUAUAUUUGGACAUUGGUUUUAAAAUAUGCAAAAAAUAGUACUUUUAAUACUCGGGGGUGGGGGGUGGGGGAAUGUGUUCAAAAGAAGAGGUAAUAAUGUGCAAAAUUGUCAACAUUUGCAUUUUUGGUAAAAUGUGCAAAAUGGCCAAUAUUUGCACUUUUGAGAAAAUGUGCAAAAAUGCAAAAUGUUUGUAAAUAGUGAGGUCAAUGUGCAAAUAUUGACAUGAAUAGAUGAGAAAUAUAAUCAUUUACAUAUGACCCGUUAGUCUCACAUCAUUUUACAUUUUGCAGCUGCGUUUAUGCGUAGUACGUGCCAAUGUGUUUCAGUUUUUCGAAGUGUUUCCUUGUGUUGGUAACUGUCUAACACAACGGCAUAUUUCAAAAUAAUCUGUUGGUAGGUUUGGAUACAUGUUGUGAUUGGUUGUAAUGUAGGUUUGUUUGAUUGUAGUUUAAAUUCGUUCUUGAAAUCAGAUCAUACAACUUGUUUUUGUUUUGUUUUUUUCUAAUAAAGGUGUAGUUGUUAUUUUUUCAUCAGAUAGUACAGGUCAGAGCUGGUUUAAGGAUCCGCGGGACCCGUGGUCUAAUAGUACAGGUCAGAGCUGGUUUAAGGAUCCGCGGGGCCCGUGGUCUAAUAGUACAGGUCAGAGCUGGUUUAAGGAUCCGCGGGACCCGUGGUCUAAUAGUACAGGUCAGAGCUGGUUUAAGGAUCCGCGGGACCCGUGGUCUAAUAGUACAGGUUAGAGCUGGUUUAAGGAUCCGCGGGACCCGUGGUCUAAUAGUACAGGUCAGAGCUGGUUUAAGGAUCCGCGGGGCCUGUGGUCUAAUAGUACAGGUCAGAGCUGGUUUAAGGAUCUGCGGUCUAAUAGUACAGGUCAGAGCUGGUUUAAGGAUCUGCGGGACCCGUGGUCUAAUAGUACAGGUCAGAGCUGGUUUAAGGAUCCGCGGGACCCGUGGUCUAAUAGUACAGGUCAGAGCUGGUUUAAGGAUCCGCGGGACCCGUGGUCUAAUAGUACAGGUCAGAGCUGGUUUAAGGAUCCGCGGGACCCGUGGUCUAAUAGUACAGGUCAGAGCUGGUUUAAGGAUCCGCGGGGCCUGCAAAGAUCACAUUAAGUGCCCAACCACCUUAUGCUUGGUUUUAUAGUACAGGGGCCUAAUUCACAAAGGUCUCUUAGGCUCUGCUAGACAACAAAGCAUCCUCUUUGCAAGUCUUUUAGCAUUGCACUGCGAGAUCGCAAAGUUACGAGAGUUUAGUGAAUUACUGCAGGCCCCAGAUCUGUUAAAUUUGUUCAACUCUCUCUAUUCUGCUGAAUGCAGAUGUCUGGAAAUGAGAACUGAAUCCGUUUUGGUGCCAAAUAUAUAUCGGCCUUUACUUUUCUGUUCCUACAUUUCCUAACUUCGUUUGAGUUGAGAGGUCUUGGUGAAACUAUAUGGGAAUCUCCCAAAGAUUCCCUCAAGUUUCCAUCCGAUAAAUCUCCCAAAGAUUCCCUCAAGUUUCCAUCCGAUAAAUAAAUAAAAACCUGCUAUGCUAUCAUCUAGUAGUGAAGAAUUAAGUUUGUUACAUGGUUUUGUAAAUCAAAUUA